AUAGGCACGUUUCACUGGCAAAUAAAAAAGGUUUUUUUUUUCACUCAGUACACUAUAUUAUGGAAGUGCCUCAGCGCUUUUACGCAUUUGAACAUCCACACCGCGUAAGUUGACUUCGGAGGCUCAACACAAUGUAGCAAGCACCUCCACACAAUCAGAAAGUUCAAGCAUUUUGGUGGUAACUAUGACGGGAAUGUGGGGAAUUUAGUUAGUGUGUUCCCUUUCAGAUAUUGCUGCCACGAAUCUUGCGGUUCAACCUGAGUUCGAAUACUUGGCGGCCUUCCAUCAGUGUUUGUUCAGGCCGCGAGAGUUUACUCUGCCCAACAAACGUGAAAAACCGGCUGGCUUAUCUGCAAAUAUUUCGAAUCAGAUCGACAACAUCUUCCACCACUUUUGACAAUAACGCAAUCAGCACAGAGACAACGAUGACUUCGUACAGUGCCAUGCAGCUAUCAACAGAGCUUCGAGACGUCUUCCUGACGUGUCCCCUGUGCUUGGGACGCUACUUAAAACCCAAACAGUUGCCGUGCCAACACACAUUCUGCACCCGUUGUCUCUUCAAGUGGUUCAACGCUCGCCCUAUCCGGGCCAAGAACCUCCAGUGCCCCGUCUGCCGGGAGUCGGUGCCCAUCCCAGCGGCCGGGAUACAAACCCUGCCCGACAGCAUGCUGGUGGUGUCUUUCAUGGAGUUCUUGGACCGCAAGUUCGAGACCAACGAGUCCGUCUCCUCGUCCCUCGUCGGGCUGGUGCACCAGUUCGGCGUGAAGGGUGCCGCGGAGGGGCAGCUCUGCAAGCCCCUCGGGGUAGCCGUCAGCGGCGACACCGAGCACGUCUUUGUCGCGGACUACAAGAACCGGAUCCAGGUCUUCGAUAUGGACGGGAAGUUCCUGCGCAAGCUGGUGGUGAAGAACCUCAGCAAGAAGUUCACGCCGACUUUCGUGGGCAUCACGCGUCACCUGAGCAUGGACGGGAGCGAGAGGCUGGUCGUCUCGGAUAUCAACAACAAGCAGGUCUUGGUGUGUGACUUACAAGGCAGGCUGCUGCGUCAAGUCGGCAAGCACGACCUGGGCAUGCCUGGAGGGGCUGCGGUCACCAGCGACGGUCACAUCCACGUGGUCGACGUGUACGCCCGCGUGGUUCGGUCGUACGACCGCUACGGCACCCCGCUCCGACUCCUGGGCCGUUACGGGACCUCGGACAACGCCUUCCGUCACCCCAAGCACAUCGCCGCCACUAAGAGCGACGACCUCGUGGUGACCGAUUGUUCCAGUCACACCGUCCACAUAUUUGAGAUGUCCGGGACCCUGGAGCGAGCAUUCGGCGUCCGCGGGAAAAUGGACGGGGAGUUUCGGUCACCCAGUGGCCUUGCAGUGGACUGCGAAGGUAACAUUCUGGUCGCUGACAUUGGUAACCACUGCUUGUUAAUGUUCGAUAUUAAUGGUCGGUUCAUCAGACGGCUAGAUGACCCCAUUGAUGACCUUCGACAUCCAGAGAGCGUUGCCAUGGCAGGGGAUUGUAAAGUUGCUGUGACCGAUACGGCCAACCACUGUAUCAAAUUUUUCUCCUUCUGAGUUAGAUUUCCCAGAAAUUGAUAUGAAGCAAAGGUUUAUUCAAUAAACUAAAAAGUACAAAAAUGUUAGUAAAAUGUGAUUGAAGAAGACUUACAUGUUCCUAUAUUAUGUACAAAGUGAUAUUUAAAAAAUCAGUUUAACAAUAUCUGACCCAAAGAUACCAAACGCAGUAAUGGUGCUUGUCUAUUUUGUUCUCAUUUGCCUAAAGCAUUUUCAAUUAAUCAUGGUGCAAGUUUGACGCCACCUCGUGAAGUUAUUUGUCAGGACGAAUCUUUAGUUAUUUUGGUAUGUUGGCAUUAUGUAAAAUGAAGACGGAAAGUUACUGAUGAAGCAGACACGUACCGGGCAUAUGGGUUUCGGUCGUGUUGUUUCUUAGGUCAACUUUGUUUUCAUUUAUUAUCUGAAUUUACUUCAUUCAUUCCAGUUAUUGCCCUUUUUAGAAAGAAUUACUUUGGUACUGAGCUUUAAUGAAAGAGUUAACUUAUUUUUGGUUACAGCACAUGAUAAUGUAUUUGCACUUGCGAGUCACGCUGGCCUAUAGGCCGUCAUGUGACAUUAAAAAAGGCUGUAAGAGCGCUGGAUAUUACGCUGCAAAUGUUCCAAAUUAGUGUCGAUACAGCGCAACUCUCCUGGCAGUUAGCCGGCAUUCCGUCUCCGUAGAGUUCCAUUUUAAACAAUGACGAAGUUCUGGUUGCGGGCCGGCAAAUAGACCCACAUUGCCUGCGUCGGCCAAAUCACAGUUUGCAUUCUGUCAAAUUUUCCACUGUCGGAGCAUUUUGUGGUCCGUGAACUUAAUAAAGAUUUGUGGCGAGGAAAGCUACCAACAGGAAUGUCAGCUUGUGUCUGAGCGACACUUGGGAGGAAAUCAGUGCUCUACUUUGCAAUGGAAUGUUGAAUGUCUAGGCAUAGAUUUUCAAAACAGCGGUGGGCUUUUAUACGACUGUUUCUACGAGUGAUACGUUGUGGAUAAAGAUAUCUUUUAAAGUCAUUGGUUAAGCCACUAAAAAUUGAAAGGAAUGUUAAAGAUAAGGGAAUGAGCUCUAUAUUGAGGUGUGUCACGAACACCUGAUAAAUUAGCUUUGUGAGUUUAGGUAUCCUGAUUUUUUUGAAGUGACGGUAUUUAGUAUUUUUGUCUAUGCGGUUUAAUUUACUGGUCUGCAACCGUAUGGUUUGUUGGAUUGCGCCAGUUUGUUGCAAUCCCCUCGAGCGGAACAAAAGAGGGCGUGUUUUUUGGUACUCACCGCAUAGGCGCGCCAUGAGGCACCCAAGUAUAUGCGCG